AUGCGGUCCUCCAGCUGGAGCUGGGCGGCAGUCUUCUGUCUCCUAUUCUCCCUCUUUACACCAGUAUUCAUGGUCAAGGAGCAUGACUUUAAAAAGUGCGAUCAGUCCGGCUUUUGCAAGCGUAAUCGGGCAUAUGCCGAUGCAGCCACCAGCUCUACCUGGUCAUCCCCAUACAAUGUCUUCUCCGAAUCCGUCGCCUUGAAGGAUGGUAAACUCGAGGCCAUCAUCCUCAAAACCAUCGCUGAAGAUGGCGCAACUGUUCGAUUGCCAUUGACUGUGUCGUUCCUCAAGUCUGGCACUGCCCGCGUUACCGUCGACGAAGAAAAGCGUCUGAACAAGGACAUUGAGCUCAGACAUGGCAGCAACGCCCGCAAAGAGCGCUACAAUGAGGCUGAAAAGUUCGCCAUUGUCGGUGGCUUGGACGUGGAUGCCGAAGCCAAGGUUGCCUUUCAGGACAAGGACCAGAUCACAGUCAAGUUCGGUCCCGAGGGCAAGUUCGAGGCCCACAUCAAGUUCGCGCCCUUUGGCAUCGACUUCAAGAGGGACGGCAGCAGUCAGAUCAAGUUCAACGACCGUGGACUCUUGAAUAUGGAGCACUGGCGGCCCAAGAUCGACAAAGCCGAGUACGAGAAGGACUCUGAGGGCGAAAACAAGGAUGAGAACAAGGAAGAGAAGCCACAAGGCGAGGACGAGAGCACAUGGUGGGAGGAGACUUUUGGAGGCAACACAGACAGCAAGCCUCGUGGACCCGAGAGCAUUGGUCUUGACAUCUCAUUCGUCGACUAUGAGCACGUUUUUGGUAUCCCAUCGCACGCCGGUCCCUUGUCUCUGAAGGAGACACGCGGUGGUGAUGGUAACUACAACGAGCCCUACCGUUUCUACAACCUCGACGUCUUUGAGUACAUCCUCGACAGCCCCAUGAGUCUCUACGGAGCUAUUCCUUUCAUGCAAGCCCACCGCAAGGACUCGACCGUUGGUGUCUUCUGGCUGAACGCAGCUGAGACUUGGAUUGACAUCACCAAGGCCAAGUCUUCCAAGAACCCCAUGGCUCUCGGUCUGGGCUCAAAGAAGACUACACAGACUCACUGGAUUUCUGAGAGCGGUCUUUUGGAUGUCUUUGUCUUCCUGGGUCCAAGCCCAAAGGACGUCAUCCAGAAGUACGGCGAGCUGACUGGCUUCACCGCCAUGCCGCAAGAAUUCUCACUGGGUUACCACCAGUGCCGUUGGAACUACAUCUCCGACGACGAUGUUAAGGAUGUCGACCGUAAGAUGGAUAAGUUCCACAUUCCUUACGACGUCAUUUGGCUCGAUAUCGAAUAUACCGAUGGUAAGAAGUAUUUCACCUGGGACAAGGACAUGUUCAAGGACCCCAUCGGCAUGACCAAGAAGCUUGAUGAGCACGGCCGCAAGCUCGUUGUCAUUAUUGAUCCGCACAUCAAGAACGAGCCUGGAUACCAAGUCGUUGAGGAGCUCAAAUCCAAGGAUCUGGCCGUCAAGACCAAGGAUGGUAGUAUAUUCGAGGGCUGGUGCUGGCCUGGAGCUUCCCACUACAUCGACGCUUUCAACUCCAAGGCCGUCGAGUGGUGGAAGACGCUCUUCCAGUACUCUUCAUUCACCGGCACCGCCGAGAACGUCUUCAUCUGGAACGACAUGAACGAGCCUUCUGUCUUUAACGGACCAGAGGUCAGCAUGCCCAAGGAUAACCUGCAUCACGGCAACUGGGAGCACAGAGACGUGCACAACCUCAACGGCAUGACUUUCCACAACGCCACUCACCAGGCCCUCAUCUCUCGGAAGCCUGGUGAGAAGCGUCGGCCUUUCGUGCUCACCCGGUCCUUCUUUGCAGGCUCGCAGCGUCUCGGUGCCAUGUGGACUGGUGACAACCAGGCUUCUUGGGAGCACCUCGGCGCCGCUACCCCCAUGCUGUUGAGCCAGGGCAUUGCCGGAUUUCCUUUCUCCGGUGCCGACGUGGGUGGAUUCUUUGGCAACCCCGAGAGUGAACUGAUGGCCCGUUGGUAUCAGGCCGGUGCCUUCUACCCAUUCUUCCGUGGCCACGCUCACAUCGACGCCCGUCGCCGUGAGCCGUACCUCGUCGGAGAACCUUACACCUCCAUCAUGACCAAGGCGCUCCGUCUCAGGUACAGCCUGCUUCCCUCGUGGUACACCACCUUCCAGCAGGCCGCAACUCAGGGUACUCCCAUCAUCCGGCCCAUGUUCUACACGCACCCGUCCGACGAGGGCGGUUUCGCCAUCGACGACCAGUUCUUCGUCGGCGAGACUGGUCUCCUUCACAAGCCUGUCACCGAGAAGGACAAGAACACGGUGGAUAUUUACAUCCCUGACGAUGAGGUGUACUACAACUACUUCACCUACGGCGCCAUCGCUACCACCAAGGGCAAGCACACAACCAUGCCUGCUCCUCUAGACACGAUCCCGCUCCUCAUGCGCGGCGGUCACAUCCUUGCUCGCAGGGACAUUCCCCGUCGAUCAAGCGCCCUCAUGCGCUUCGACCCGUACACUCUCGUGGUCACAUACCCCAAGUCGGGCCGCAAGGCUGAGGGUUCGCUGUACGUUGACGACGGCGACAGCUUCGACUAUGUGACCCAGCAGUACGUACACCGCAAGUUCGUGCUUGAAGACAACACCAUCUCAUCGGCCGACUUUGAGGGCCGUGACCAAGCUGCCCUGCGCAAGAUCAAGCCUGGUUCCUGGAUGAAGGCGUUUGAGACUGUGGUGGUGGACAAGAUUGUGGUUUUGGGAGUGCCAGUGUCAAAGUCUGCUGGAGAUAGCAUUUCAGUCACCGUGGAGGGUACUGGUGCUGACGGAAAGCCAGUCAAGAAGACGGUCGAGGCCGAGCUGGUCAAGACGACAACGACGUAUGCUGUUAUUCGUGGCGUUGGUGCCCGUGUUUCGGCUGACUGGAAGGUUUCUUUGGCUCUGUGA